AUGCUCCGCGCCGCCUCCCCGCUCCCUCCCCAUCCACAUCCACUCCCGCGUGUUCCGCCUCCUCUCCACCUCCACGCCCACCGUCCCCGCACCCUUCUCCCUCGAGGACUACCUCGUCGCCUCCUGCGGCCUCGCACCCGCCCAAGCCGCCUCAUCUCCGCCUCCAACCCCGAUGCCAUCCUCACCUUGCUCGCCGGCACCGGCCUCUCCCGUGCCGACAUCGCCGCCGUCGUCUCCGCGGACCCGCUGCUCCUCCGCGCUUCGGUGAAUAACAUCGCCCCCCUUCUUGCUCUCCGCGACCGUGUCGGUCUUUCUACUCCCCAAAUCGUUCGCUUCCUCCUGGUCGCCUCGCGCGCUCUCCGCAAGGGCGACGUCAUUCCCAGGCUCGAGUUCUUCAUCUCCUUCUACGGCUCGUUUGAGAAGGUCCUGGUGGCCGCAAAGAGGAAUGGGGUCCUCCUCAUCGCGAGCCUUGAUAGGUUAAUCAAGCCCAACAUAGCUUUGUUUCGUCAGUGGGGUGUUCGAGAUAUUGCCCAGCUGUGUUCAAAUGUCCCGCGGGUGCUUACCUACAACCCGGAACGCGUGAAAGAGUUUCUGCCACGGGCGGAACAACUUGGGGUGCCUCCCACUUCGGGGAUGUUCGGGCAUGCAGUGGCCGUCGUUUCCUGUAUGUCCGAAGAGAAGGUUGCUGCCAAGCUUGAGUUCUUUAAGAUGACUCUUGGUUGUUCUGAGUUUGAGGUUUCCACUGCAGUGUCCAAGGCGCCAUCUAUAAUAGGAAUAUAUGACAAGAUUCUUGAUCGCAAGAUUGAGUUCCUAAUCAAUGAGGCUAUGAUGGAACCACGGUACAUUGUGGAAAGGCCUGUCCUGCUCUCAUACAGCCUGAAGAAGCGGCUUGUGCCCCGGCAUUAUGUCUUGAAGGUCCUGCAGGAAAAGGGAUUGCUGAAUAGCAAUAAAAACUUUUUCACAAUAACUAAUUUAGGAGUGGAGACUUUCAAAUUGAAGUUCAUCGACUGUCACAAGGACUCUGUUCCUGGCCUUGCAGAUGCUUAUGCUGCAACUCGUGCUGGUAUUGUGCCCUCUGAAGUCUAA